UCCAGGUGGAGAGGCUAGGAAAACUAAAGCUAAACGAUUUGUAUUCAAAAAUGCAUUUGAGGCUUUCAACUGGACUGGACUAUGAACACCGUGGUUUUGAAAAAAAAAUCACACACAAAAAAAUAUUAUGGUAAUGACAAAAGUAACUUACUUUUGAAUUAAAAAGUGGUUAAAAUUUGCUACAUUAAAAGUUUUAUUCUUGUUUUGAAAAUGAAAACUAUUUCUCCUACAGUUUUUGAAAAUCUCAUUGCAAAAUGAUUUAAAAGUUUUAACUUUUAAUUCGACUGUAUAAUUUCUUUCAUUUUGUCGUUCUCGUGUAACCGUAUACGCCUAAGUCCAAAAUGUAAACAAACGUUUAGGUGAUUCGGGUGGUUAGUGAGUGGUGGUCCACGACGUCAAUCAAAACAGAACGCGUCCGCAGCCAGGACUUGGACGCGGAUACCUUCGAAGGAGGAUGGUGCGGGUGCGGGACAAGGUUAGGAAUUAGAGGAAAAUUGGUUUUCAAAAUGAUAAGACCAGCUUCCUGCCUGAUCUGCAGCUGUUUCACGACCGAAAUGGGACGAGAAGCGGCAUAAUCGGAGGUGGUCAGCGCGGAUGUUGCACUCGGUGCCGGCGGUUUACGACCAUUAGCAGCAUUAUGUGCCGGAAGUGAUGACGGGUCAGUGUGGGAUGUCCUGAGGGUCCGCAGUCCAUUUCUCGUUACGGGACAUGUUUGAUGAGUAUUACCUAAACAUCCGGAAGAACAGUUUGCACCAGACGGUCUGUAUGAAAGCCGCCGCAGGAGCUGUCGUAAUCGGAUUACUUCCAGAGGUUGGAGCGAGAUUCGACGAACCUGAUCAAGAACAUCUACCUGGAAUACCGAAGAAGUCACCGCUACUCCCGCCUGCAAACGCUCAACUCGCGACGGCGCAGCUUCAGCCGGAUGAACUGGCAACAUCUGUGUCAUUCUCGAAGGAGGACGAAGUGAUCGGGAACUAUCCGUUCAGGCGCUACACUUCCCAGCCGGAAAACGUCGACUUCCCUACCCGAAUCAACAACCAAUGGAUAACUCCUCCAAGCCUGUCCAGAUGAUGGCCGGCAACGAGAUCGCCCUGUUCUCUACAUCGCUAUUGAGCUCCAAAAUGAAGGGCGCGAUGUUGUGCCCUACGAAACGACCAUCCGUAAUCUGCUCAGCAUGGGGUCUUCGGACGUGGAAGUUAGCCAACCAUAAGCAGAUGCGUUAAAUACAACAAAAAAACGAAAACAUACUGUUUUAAUAUUAAAAUAUCGAAAUAAAAUCCAUCACAUUUUUCGAAAAUCAUCACUGUAAUGUUAAAUGUUAUUUAUUCUUGCCAUAAAAAGUUUUUUCUUAUAUAAAAAGUAAAAAACUUUUACCGAUACAACGAUUUUGUUCCAGAAAUGCAUGAUAGUAUCAAAAACUUUCCAACUUUUAAAUUAAAAAGUUUGAACUUUCUACGAAUAUUCACCAACGCGAACUUUUAA